UCCUUUUUUGCAUCUCAUUCAUUAGUCGAUUUUUAAUUCCGAUGCAUUAAUAAUUAAUUAAAUGAGUCAUGAUUAAACCGGCAACAGAUAUUUAAAACAAAAUAAAUAAACUUUCGUUUCUCAACACCGGUGGUGUAAUUCGCCAAAGUUCAGAGACUUUCAGACGGAAAAUUUAAAUUAUUAUAACGUAAUAAGUUGGCAAUUUAUUAAGACCUCUCUUUCAAAUCAGUCGAUUAUGUUGUGUGAGUGUUCAGUGUCUAGUGUAAAAAUGCUUUUUUUCUUCAUACUAGCAUUUUCAAGUUCGCAUUGCACCACCUUGGAAGAAAGUGUCAUUGCCCCGACCUUCGAGAUCACCCACCAAUGGUCUUACAUAAAUUUCACUUGGGAAAGUUCCAUCACUUACAAAGAGGCCAUCGACUCCGGCGAUUACAUCCCGGAGAACGUCGCCAUGGCCGGAAUCAAGUUCUACCGGAACCGGUGGUACUUCGCCUUGCCCAAAUUCCGGCCCGGAGUUCCGGUCACUCUAGCCUACAUCUUCGCCGAUGACUCACCAAUAAACCCACUUUUGACCCCCUACCCGGACUGGGAAACCAACACCGACCCCACCUGCGAGGGCAUCAAAGCGAUCCAAAGCAUGGAAAUCGACCGGAGUGGAGUCAUGUGGGUGUUGGACGGCUUCCGGGUGACUCCGGCGACCGCUUGCCCCACCAAACUGGUGUGGUACGACUUAAACACACAUCGCCGGAUCCGGAGUUUCACAUUCCCGGAAACAAUCGGCCUCCGGAGGGGCGGCUUCCUCAACGAUAUCGUCGUGGAUGACACGGGCUACGCCUACAUCACGGAUAAUAGUGUAAUCGAUCCCGGAUUAAUCGUGUUUUCAGUCCGGGAAAACCGGGCUUGGAAAUUCCGGGAUGCCUCCAUGUUUCCCCAACUAGAAGCUGCGAAUUUCGUGGUGGAUGAUUGGCCCUUUCGGGGGUUGGCCCCCAUCGAUGGUAUCGCGCUGACUCCUCGGGGGAGCAACCCCCGAGUCCUCCUUUACUGCUCCCUGACCGGAUUUAGUGUCUAUGGAAUAACUACCGAUGUUUUAAAACGGGAGGAUUUGCUCAUGAGUGGCGAUUGGAGGGCUUAUGUGACCUACUUGGGGGAUAAACAGGCCCAAGGCGACGGCAUGAUGAUGGAUAAUGUUGGGAAUUUGUACUACGGUUUGUUGCCACUUUAUGGGGUUGGGAGAUGGAAUGUUUUCGGGGGGUCCCCACCCGAAAUUUUGUACCAAAAUAGGAGUACCGUGAUUUGGCCAGAUAGUUUCGCUUUCGACAACCAGGGMUACACCUAUGUGCUUGCUAACACUAUUCUCAAGUUUUCGGACGUCAAUUUUAGACUUGUUCUGAACGAUGAAAUCAAGAUUAGGAUUUUUAGAUUCUUCACCGGGGCGCAAAGUUAUUUGUUUUAAUGUUUUUAUUGUUAAUUUAUUUCACUAUCGUGUCAUUUUCCAGUAUUUGUAGGGUAUUAAGGUUUACCAUAAUAUUUGUUGGUGUAGUUAUAGUUAAUAAAAUGUUGAUUUGA